AUGUGGGCCAUAUUCAGGAACAAGCUGGAUAUCAGCUCUCUGAGCCUGUCUCACGUGGACGGAGCCGACACGAACGGACAAAGACUUCAGAGACUCUGGGAGGAGGAAGUGGCAAAGGUGGGUCUGGAGAAAGCCUCUGUGGUUCGAGUGCUGCUUCGUUUUCAAAGAACCAGGCUCACGCUGGCCUUCCUUGCUGGCAUUCUCUUCAUGUUUGCUGUGUUUGUGGGGCCGGCUGUGUUGGUCCAUGAGAUCCUGAGCUACAUCGAUGAGCACAAGGGAUCCACAGUGACCUACGGUGUCGGCCUGUGUUUUGCUUUGUUCUUCACAGAGAUGUGCAAGACCGUCUUCCUGUCCUUGUUAUGGGCAGUGAACCUGCGCACGGCAGUCAGGCUGAAGGGCGCCUUUUCAUCGAUGGGUUUCCAGAAAGUAAUUUCUCUCAGGGUGCCCAGUGGAAUGUCCAUGGGAGAGAUGAUUAAUGUUCUGACCAAUGAUGGCCACAGGAUAUUCGAGGCGGUGGUGUUCGGCUCCUUCAUGCUCUGCGUCCCUGUGCUGCUCUUCAUCUGUACCUUCUACGCCUGCUACAUUCUGGGCUACACCGCUCUAACAGGGGUCCUCAUCUACCUCAUCUUCAUCCCCAUACAGUUUUCCAUGGCCAAGCUCAUUAAUGUGUUCAGGCGGAAAGUCGUGGUCUCAACAGACAGCCGUGUCCGCACCAUGAAUGAGAUUCUCACCUGCAUCAAACUGAUCAAAAUGUACGCCUGGGAGGAUUCAUUUGAAAAGAAGAUCACAGACAUCAGGAAGAGAGAGAAGAACCUGUUGGAGAAGACCGGCUAUGUCCAGAACGUCAAUUCCACCAUUACCGCAAUCAUCCCUACAUUUGCCACCAUCAUCACCUUUGUCAUCCACACCUUGCUGGGGUUACGGCUCAGCUCCUCUGCCGCCUUUACCACCAUUGCCAUCUUCAACUCCAUGAGGUUCUCUCUGGGUGUAGUGCCUAUCAGUGUCAAAGCCUUGGCUGAGGCUGCCGUGUCAGCGGCUCGACUGAAGAAAAUAAUGCUGAUCCAGAAUCCAGAGCCCUACCUAGUCCAGAAACACAACAGUGCUUCAGCCAUAGUGAUGGUCAAAGCUACUCUGUCUUGGACCAAACCAGCCGUUCGGUCAGCACAGCCCCCCGACACAGACAGCGGGCUGAGUAAGGACAAGGCAGACCUGGUGUCCCAGAAUGGGAAGACUGAAACCCUGCCAACCCUGAGAAACAUCUCCUUCACCUUGCCUAAGGGCAACCUGCUUGGAAUCUGUGGGAAUGUGGGAAGUGGAAAAACAUCACUGAUCUCUAGCAUUUUGGAACAGAUGUACCUUCUGCAGGGCUCCGUCACAGCCGAUGGUACGUUUGCCUACGUUUCCCAGCAGGCCUGGAUAUUCCAUGGAACUGUCCAAGAAAACAUCCUGAUGGGGGAACUUUUUGACGAGGCCAAGUAUGACAGAGUUCUUAAUGCCUGUAGCCUCAAACCUGACCUGGACAUCCUCCCCUACGGUGAUCAAACCGAGAUUGGAGAGCGGGGGCUGAAUCUGUCGGGGGGGCAGAAGCAGAGGAUCAGCAUGGCCAGAGCUGUCUACUCCAACAAGGAUAUUUACCUGCUGGACGACCCGCUGUCUGCUGUCGACGCCCAUGUGGGGAAACACAUCUUUGAGGAAUGCAUCAAGAAGGAGCUCCGUGGGAAAUCCAUCAUACUGGUUACACAUCAGCUCCAGUACCUGGAGUUCUGCGAUGAUGUUCUGGUUCUGGAGGACGGGGAAGUUCAGGAGUCUGGAAACCACCAGGACCUGAUGAAGGCCAAUGGACGCUACGCUCAGCUCAUCACCAGCUACCUGACAGAACAGUCCAGAACACAAAAAAAGGAGGGGGAGGAGGAGGCAUCGCCACUGGACUCUGCUCAGCUGGAGGAGACAAAGCAGAGAGAGUCUGACGGGGUUAUGAACCCAGGGUUUGACAUGUCAGAUGAAGAUGAUGGACCGCUGUCUACAAAACAAACUCCUGCAAAGGCUGAAGCCCAGCUGGUCAGUCAGGAGAGCUCCAGUGAAGGUGCAGUCACCUGGAGAACCUACCAUCAGUACUGCCAGGCAGCUGGAGGCUACUUCAUCUCUUUCCUGACCCUCGUCAUCAUCGUCUUGUUGGUGGGAACAACGGCCUUUAGCAACUGGUGGCUCAGCUACUGGCUGGACCAGGGCCAUGGGAAAGCUAAUGUGUCAGCCUCAGACAUCGGCAACAUCUCAAAGAACCCAGAUCUGCACUUCUACCAGAUGAUUUAUGGCCUGGUGGUGGUCGCCAUGGUGACAUUUGGCGUCAUCAAAGGCUACUCCUUCACUAAGGUCACCCUGCAUGCCUCCUCCAAGAUGCACAACACCAUGUUCAAGAAGAUCAUAGCGAGUCCCAUGAGUUUCUUUGACACCACGCCAACUGGUCGCAUCCUCAACCGCUUCUCCAAAGACCAGGACGAGGUCGACUCCGUGCUGCCACCCAACAUGGACGCUUUCUUCCAGUUCUGUCUUUUGUGCACCUACACCAUUGUGACCAUUGCAUCCAUUUUCCCCGCCAUGCUGGCAGCUGUGGCUGUUCUGGGAUGUGUGUUCACGCUCAUUCUCUUUGUGUUCCAGAGGAGCAUCCGUCAGAUGAAGAGGAUGGAGAACAUCAGUCGCUCCCCCUGCAUCUCCCUCACCACCUGCACCCUACAGGGCCUCAGCACCAUCCACGCCUACAACAAGAGGGAGAGAUACAUAAAACUGUUCAAAACCUUGAAUGAUGACAACUCCAACCACUACUUUCUGUUCCAUUGUGGGACACGCUGGCUGUCCUUCUGGCUGGACUUCAUGUGUGCAACCAUGACCCUGUUGGUGGCGCUUUUCGUGGUGCUCAGCUCUAAUGAUGUUAUCAGCCCGGCCCUGAAAGGCCUGGCCUUGUCCUACACCAUCCAGCUAACAGGCAUGUUCCAGUACGUAGUGCGGCAGUCGACGGAGGUGGAGGCGAGGUUCAACUCAGUGGAGCGACUGCAGGAAUACAUCACGGGCUGUGUAUCUGAGGCCCCCAAACAAAUUACGAGGGGGCAGGUCCCAGAAGACUGGCCCCAGCAAGGAGCAAUCACCUUCCUGAACUAUAAGAUGAGGUACAGGGAGAAUACGCCCAUUGUCCUCAAUGGGCUCCAUCUCCACAUCAGAGGCGGGGAGAAGCUUGGCAUUGUGGGAAGGACAGGCUCUGGGAAGUCCUCUCUUGGUGUGGCUCUGUUCAGGCUGGUGGAGCCGGCAGCAGGGACCAUCAUGAUAGACGGAGUGGACAUUUCUGCCAUCAACCUGCACGACCUGCGCAGCAAAUUGUCCAUCAUCCCCCAAGACCCCGUGCUGUUCAUUGGCUCUGUCAGGUACAAUCUGGACCCUUUCAACAACUGCACUGAUGAGGAGAUCUGGGCCGCGCUAGAGAAAACCUACAUGAAGGACACAAUCUCCAAGCUGGAGGGGAAGCUGCAGGCGGAGGUGCGGGAGAACGGAGAGAACUUCUCGGUGGGAGAGAGACAGCUCAUCUGUAUGGCUCGAGCACUGCUGCGCAACUCCAAGAUCAUUGUGUUGGAUGAGGCAACAGCAUCGAUUGACGCGGAGACGGACGCUCUGAUCCAGCACACCAUCAAAGAGGCCUUCCAGGACUGCACCAUGCUCACCAUCGCCCACCGCAUCAACACCGUGCUGCAGGCAGACCGCAUCCUGGUCAUGAACCAUGGAGAGGCAGUUGAAUUCGACCAUCCAGACGUGCUGAAGAAAAGACCAGGCUCCCUCUUUAGCUCACUGCUGGACGCUGCCAACACCAUCAGCACCUGAGCCGCAGAAGCACUGUGAGAUCACAUCAUGACGCACCGUGACCCUGUGAAACCCCACAGCGCAUAACAUUACUCAGUGUCUCUUAGCAGAUUAAUUUAUCCAAAGCAACCAUAUAUCCCAGUCUUCAUCAGCUAAGCCUAAGUUAAAAAAAAAAAAAA